CCCGGUUUCCUCGCCCAAAUCUCACUCAAUCCCCGUGCUACUCCCGAGUCCCGACUCGCGUCCUCUCCAAAUUCACCACCGCAUGGACGACGCAGCGAAUCCCGCCCCUCCACCGUCCACCUCCACUGCUGCAUCCGCGGCGGCCGCGGCCGCGCAGCACCAGCAGCUCCAGCGCCAACUCUUCCUAAUGCAGCAGGCGCAGUCCCACCCGCAGCAGCUGUCGCAGCAGGCCAUGUCCCGCUUCCCCUCCAACAUCGACGCUCACCUCCGCCCCCUAGGCCCGGUUCGCUUCCAACAGCCUCAGCAGCCCCAGCCCCAGCCCCAGCCCCAGCCGUCCCACUCCCAGGGUCCAUCUCAGUCACCGUUGCAGGCCGCGCAGCAGGCGUCGCCCCAGCAGCAGCAGCAGGCGGCGGCGGCGCAGGCACAGGCACAGGUGGCGCGGGUACGAAGCCCCGAGAUGGAGAUGGCGCUGCAGGACGCCAUGCGGGUCUGCAACCCAGACGUCAAGACGCCCUUCCAGUCCAUCGAGGACGUUGUCAACAGGUUAUUGCCUUACCAUGUUGUUGCCGACUAUGAGGCUGAAGAAGAUGACAGAAUCCUUGAUAGUGAUACAACAGGCCAGAUUCCUUCUCGUCUGCAGCAAUGGGAUCAUAACAUUCUGGUGAAGAUUGCUGAGUUCACGACGACAUUUGACAAGCAAGUAUUGGCAUAUAACAUAAUGACAAAGAAAAGGGCCAUUGGUGAGUUCAGGUCAGAGGAGCGGCUCAUGCUAGAGCAAGCCUUGUUACAGGAGGAAAAGCAGGCUAUGCUGGGACUAAGAGCAGAGAUGGAGUCGAGAGAGAAAGCUGGUCGUGAGGCUGCUGAAGUGAAGAUGCGUAUGGCAAUGGAGCAUGCUCGUGCUGAGGCACAAGCUCACUCUGAGAUGUUGAAUCAUGGUCCUAUAAGGGCCAGUGUUGUUGCUUCUCAAGGGGACAAUGGUCCGAGUCAUGAAAUGGUGCAAGAACAUGGUGAAGAUGGGUGGAGAAAUUCUCAGAGGGAUGAUGAAGAGCCAUCUGAGGAUUUCCUCAAUGAUGAGAACGAACCUGAGAAUGGGAACUCAGAUGGGCAUGAGGACUGGCGCAGAUCUGGGGAGCUUGAUCUGAACUCUAGGUAAGCCAGUUGGAUUUGCACAGGUUGAGUGAACUACAUGAAAAUUCUAGGAAGGCUACAAUAUGCUGGUAUUGUAUCUAUUGUUCAACUGUUGUUUUUGGUGAAGAUGAUUUAACCGGCCUUUCUGGCUGUAAACAUGCCAUUCAAACAAAUUAGCUUCUCUGCUGUUUCACUAUAGCAAUACUAGAUGGUAGCCAUGCGUUGCUGCGGGAACUUGUAGUAUUGAGAGGGCUAAUAAUUGAUGAAAUGAGAAAUAGUAAAAUAAUAAAGUUACAUAUAUUCUUUUUA